CCACUCCCACUCCCACUCUCCCCCCAUCCAGGGAUCUCGUCAACUUCCAUUUGCGGGUUGUUUUUUUGUUGGAGGAACCAAAAGAAAACGAACCCCCCCCCACACACAAAAAAAAAUCCUGGUCGAGAGGGAUCUUGUUUAAAUGAGGUUCGGGUCCAAGAUGAUGCCGAUGUUCCUCACCGUGUACCUGAGUAACAGCGAGCAGCACUACACCGAGGUACCCAUCACUCCAGAGACAACGAGUCGUGACGUUGUUGGUUACUGCAAGGAGCCAGGAGAGACAGACUGUCACUUAGCUGAGUGCUGGCGCGGAGGUGAGCGUGCCUUGGCAGACAAUGAGCGAAUAUAUGACGUCUUGCAACAGUGGGGAGCACAGAGAAAUGAGAUUUAUUUCUACCUGCGUCAUGAUCGCCCAGCAAAUGCAGGCAGGGAAGCAGGUGGAGUGAGACUCCAGGAUCAGUUGGCGAAACGAAACUGGGCCAAGGGUCCUACAGACAAGCGGGUGGAAAAUGGAGUGAGUGGGCCACGGAUGGACAUGACUCUUGCUGAGUUACAGGAAAUGGCAGCUCGACAACAACAACAGAUUGAUUCUCAGCAGCAGCUGCUGGCAAAUAAGGAGCAGCGUUUGCGCUAUCUGAAACAGCAAGAUCAUCGGCAACAACAGGCGAUGGAGCAGGAGAAACUACAAAAGCUCCGUGAGAUUGCCGAGAGCCAAGAGGCUAAGCUGAAGAAAGUCCGCACUCUCAAAGGACAGGUUGAACAAAAUCGACUUAGCAAUGGGAAACUGGUGGAAGAAAUUGAACGGAUGAACUCCGUCUUCCAACAGAAACAGAGAGAGUUGGUAAUAGCAGUUGGAAAAGUGGAGGAAUUGACCCGACAGCUGGACAUGUUAAAAAGUGGAAAGAUCGAUGGUUACCAUGAUACCCAGUCUGCUGUAGCUGAACUUGAUCGACUCUACAAAGAGUUGCAGGUAAGAAACAAACUGAAUCAAGAGCAGAACGCCAAACUUCAGCAUCAAAGGGAGUCCCUAAGCAAGCGCAACUCUGAAGUGGCCUCGAUGGACAGACGCAUUGGGGAUCUGCGUGAUCGGUUGUGGAAAAAGAAAGCUGCCUUACAACAGAAAGAGAAUGUGCCGGUUGCGUCUGAUAAGAAUACUCCUCAGCAGGUGAUAUCAUCUUCACCCAGCCGUGUUGCUGCAGUUGGACCUUAUAUCCAAUCAUCCACUUUUCCUCGGGUCCCAACUAGACCUGAACUCUUGGUGAAGCCAGCCUUUCCCAAUGGGUCCGCUACCCUACCUUCUACACAAUCAUCUCAUGGCGCAGUAAACAUACCGGUUCUCCAUACUGUGAAACCUGCUGUUUUCCCGGUGAAAACCUCUAUUGCUGGCACUGGGACGCAGGCGCAUUUACAGACUCCACCUCAGGCUGGUCCUGAGAGGAAGGAAUCUGUUGUGGAUGUUCGUCAGCCUACGGCAUCAGCUUUCUCAAGUAACAGCACCUCUACUUUGGGUAAAGGCGGAACUGUACCCAAUACAGGACAAGCUGGUGAUGAUGUUGUAAUGCGAGACAAGAAUGAUAAGAGAGUGCGGUGCGUCUCCAUGUUUGAGGCUAUGGAUCCUGCCAUAGGAAUUCCUUCUGUUGGAACACUAAGGAAAAACCAGAGCAGUGAGGACCUCCUCCGUGAUGCUCAGAUUGGUAAUAAGAAUGUCAAAGUGCCGCCACCUGUCCCUUCUAAACCCAAACAGAUUUCUUUACCUUAUGGCACUUCUGGUCAACUUUCUGUCUCGGAGAAUAAAAUUGAAGUUAGCCCUCAAAAGUCACCUGGGAAUGUAGGAAUAAUAGGCAGUAAAGUGAAUCCAACCCAGUCUACGGGAACACAGCAAAUGCUGAAUCGCACCACAACAAUACAGGCUCCUCCAGCUCCAGAGACAAUACCUGCAGCUACUGUUCGACCCUAUCCUUCACAGCCAUCUAAAGAACCCCCAUUGCAACCAUUCAGAAAACCCAAGACCGUGGCUACCAUCUACAAUAUGUACACCCAACAACCAUCACUGGGCAAGAACUUUCAGCACACUGUUCCAAGUGUACUAACGAGGGCACCGAUGAGGCCACCAUUCACGAGCUUGUAUGGCAAGCCAGUGAUUCCUGGAUCCACACAAAAUUAUACCAGCAGCCAGCAAGACCAAGAGAUUGGAGGCAUGUAUUCAAAGAGCCUGGAUAAACCGGAUGGUCCAGAUUCUGAUAUUGAGAAUGCAUCUUCUGUUGGAGACCACUCUGAGGCUGAGCGUAUUCCACGGCCUCUCAGUCCCACCAAGCUGCUACCUUUUAUGUACAAUCCAUAUCGAAAUCAGAGUGAUGCUGACUUAGAUGCAUUGAGGAAAAAACUGUCUAAUGCUCCAAGGCCAUUGAAGAAGCGCAGCUCAAUCACUGAGCCAGAGGGACCAAAUGGACCCAAUAUGCAAAAGCUAAUGUAUCAGCGCACCACGGUGGCUGCCAUGGAAACGGGCAGUUUGAUGCCGUUCUAUCAGCCCAAACAGCCUGCUCUUUCUCCGUCUGCUGAAGAGAAUACUAUAAAGGAAAACCGAGAUAUUAGCAGUAAAGCAGAGGACAAUACUGCCGGUAAAGAUGUUCCAUUACAGGCAGAGCCAGCGCCAACAAAAGAGACUGAGGCAGCAAGUGCUGAAGAACUCAUGCUGUCAUCACCAGUUGACACUGGUCCAGGUCUGGAGGGUCUACCAGAGACGACUCCUGGUUUACCUUCUGUGGCAGAGCAACCAAGUCAGGAAAGUGCACUAUCUCCAGAGGAAUUAGCAGAAGAGUAUCCACCUUACCCACCUCCUCCAUACCCAGUUUCUGGUGAACCAGAGACCCUGGGAGAUGAGUUUAAUAUGCGUCCACCAGAAAUUACCAGUCAUACAAUCCUACCACCUGGAAAAAGAACAAACUUGAAGAAAGAUGGCUCCGAGCGCAUAGGUCAUGGGAUGAGGGUGAAGUUCAAUCCUCUUGCUCUGCUGCUGGAUUCUUCUCUAGAAGGCGAAUAUGAUUUAGUCCAACGUAUCAUUUAUGAGGUGGAGGAUCCCAGUCAACCAAAUGAUGAAGGAAUCACAGCACUACAUAACGCUGUCUGUGCAGGCCACACUGAAAUUGUGAAAUUCCUAGUGCAAUUUGGAGUAAAUGUUAAUGCAGCUGAUAGUGAUGGAUGGACCCCCUUGCAUUGUGCAGCUUCGUGUAAUAAUGUGCAGGUUUGCAAGUUCCUUGUUGAAUCUGGAGCUGCAGUGUUUGCUACCACCUAUAGUGAUUUGCAGACAGCCGCUGAUAAAUGUGAGGAGAUGGAGGAGGGAUACAUUCAGUGUUCUCAGUUCUUAUAUGGUGUGCAGGAGAAGAUGGGUAUAAUGAACAGAGGGAUUGUGUAUGGACUGUGGGACAAUGAAGCUCAGAAUGAAGAUGAGUUAUCUUUUAAAGAAGGUGAUUGUAUGUCCACCAUCCGACGUGAAGAUGAAGAUGAGAUUGAGUGGUGGUGGGCCCGGUUAAAUGAUGGGGAAGGAUAUGUACCACGGAACUUGCUUGGGCUUUACCCAAGAAUUAAACCAAGACAGAGAAGCCUGGCGUAGAAUGUACAUACCUGCCUGUGGAAAAUACUACAGAUAUGAACUCUAAAUGCACACCACUAUGUCAGUAGUUAUAGCAGUUCAACUCCCAACAGAAUGUCUGACUGCAGUAACAUGCUUGUGUCCAGAAGAAAAUGAAGGAAGAUCUAACUGAUAUGAAGAAAGCUUCUCUAAUGAAGUGAAUCAUUUUUGUUCAGUGUUAACCACCAAAUAUAAAUGGUGAAUUUAAGUUUUUGUUAAAGAAUUGUUUAUUUUACUAUAUCCUAAAUGACUUUGUUAAUGCAGGUUCAGAAAACUUAAGGGGCCUUAAUAUAAAGCACAGAUUUUUUUUAAAAAGGCUGUUUUCUCCCUACCAACACGUUACUUUUUGGAAUCAAGUCUAGUAUUUGUUUUGUUUUACUAUUUUUGCUUAACACGAAGCUUGUGCUUGAAUAUCUAGGGACCAUGUUGCCUGUUUGAUUGCUUUAUCUCUUUGUUUAUGUGAUGGCAUCAUUAAAUUCAUCUUACUUUUACUGGGAGCCUUUUUAUGCAGGUGACCUGGACCUCUUGAUCUGUGAGACGCAGAUCUAUGAAGGGAGGCAAAUGUUGUUUAAAGCAUUGUGUUAAAUCAAUGGCCUAAUUAACGAUAUAGCUAAGUUUAUGUUUUUCCAUUGUGCCCAUUUUAUAUAAGCAACGCACACACUCACUUAUCUGGUCCUAUACAUGCUGAUUCUUAAUGCUCACUGAUGGCACACGGUUGGUUCACUGCAGGCUACAUAAUGGCAUUUUAACAAAGAAUUUCACCUCUUAUUACCUUAUUUGACACAUCUUGCAACUUUACAGAAAAUAGUCCCUUGAGCUUUUUAAGAAAGGUACAAAAUGAUGAGCUCAGUUCCAGCAUCUUACCUUGGACUAACUUCCUGCACCUUAUAGACCAUUCCAAAACGUCCACUUGUGUGGUGGCAAAAAUAAAUAUGGUCUUCUAGCUGCAAGAUGUUUUAUGUUAAGCUUUUAUGUGCAUGUUAUUGAAUGUUUCAUAGAAGUGAUUUGAAAUGCAAAUCCUGAUAUACUGUGGCCAUUAUUGUAGACUCCUUAUGUAUUGCUGAAGUUUAGUUUUUGCUUACACAGUAAGAUUGUUUGGGUAACAGUCCUCUAGAUCUAAACUACGCUGAUUGUUAUGUAACCAAUGUACAUUUGGCAGGUGAGAUAGUGUCAAUGGUUGGUGAACGCCAGCUUCAGAUUUGACAUGUCCUUUGGAAAGGAUUUUUAUUACGCUGAGUUUUCUCAUACCGUUUUAUGAAGUGCCUUUGUGUGAGGAAAUGGGGUGAAAAAUACAAAAUUGAAGUAGGAACACAAUAAGAAUGAUUUCAUUCCAGUCGUAAUAAAUUCACUACAUUGAUUUAAAAGUGAAAACCCAUUGCAGUAAUGUUGAAACUAUACCCGUUUUUCCCACAUUGUUGCUGGUAAUCUCAAGGCUGCAAUGUCUCGAGUGAUUCGAUUCCCACCAGCUUUGAUCUCAGGAUUGGAUGGAGAGUGUUGGUUUGAGAAUACUUGUCUGAAAGGACUCCUAAGAGUGAACUGGCCAGUUACCUUAUCAAACGUGUUGAGCAUUUAGCAGGUGUACAACUGGUAAAUUUAUUCAUUAUCAUAAAUAACCCAGAGUUGGGUGAUAUUGUUAAUUUUUAAUCAAAGUUCUGUUUUGCAAGCUGUAUCUACAAUGAAAGCUCAGGACUGGAAAUCUGUGACACCUGAAUUCCUUUUAGUUAACUGCCUAAUUAAUUAAUAAUUAAUUGUGUUAAUUAUCUGAAACGCUCCCAUCUUUCGGAACAUUCCCCAAACUAUUGCCUUCUGGACCUCUUCCCUUCUAAACCUGAAAUUAGUGAUCGGUUGUGUGUCGGGCCAUAGUUUGAUUUGUUAUUAAAUUGUUCAUCCUAUUCUGUUUCAGCAAACAUCUUGAAUUGCACUGCUGAAGAGAUAUAUGCUUUGUGUUUCCUUCAGCUAACUUAAACUGGUGUUGGUACUUCAGUGGGUUCAUGUUCUUGGAAUAAGAAGGUCUGAAGAAAGUAAUCACAACUCUCACAAUUUACACUGUACCAUCAAAGCAGGAGAAUUUUUUUGUGAAUUACUAACUUGUGUCACUUGGUGGAUUUAAAGUGUUAAUUCCAAUAAUGUUUACUGAUGCCCGGUUACACACUGCAACGUAAAGCUGUCUUACAUUGGAGCUGUCUGUCUUAAAGUCCAUCUCCCGGUGCAGAUUAUUUUUUCAGUUUAACAAGUGUGUGAACCAUUGGCAUUACUUGUAAUGCCCUUUAAUUACUGACCCUUUGGGAGAGUUGAUAUUUGAGCAUCAGAAUGAAAAGCAGGAGAUCUGCAUUUAGUGUAUUCCAAGAAUACAGUGAAGUGAGACCGGUUUGGUUUAGUAUGUUUCUUGCAUUUACUUUGACAGGAAUGUACAGCAAUUUAUUUUUGCAUACGAAUAAAUUGAAGCGUGUUUUGAUGAGGAUGUCUUCAGAAGGGGUUAAAAGCACAAGUUAAAUUUUGUAUUGAAUGAUCAGAGAGUGCUGUAUGGUGGGGAGGAUGUGUAACUGCACCAUCUUUGAGGUGCAUUAACCGCUAACUUGCACUUGCAUGCUCGGUUACUGUAGGUGCUAACUUUUUACAACUUUGGUGCAACUAUUGGUGGAUUAGUUGCUUUCGGGAAAGGUAACUGGAGGUGUUUCAGUACAAAAGUCGAUGUUUUCCCACCUUCAAACCUUCCCAUAAAACCUACAAUUUUUUUUAAAAAUCCAAUUGAUUAGAGUUGAAAUCAAAGAACUAUUUUUCACCUUUUUCUGUCCAAUGUAUAUUGUAUGAAAAAUGUAUACAUUCAGGGAGUUCAUAAGGCUAUUGGGAAAAGUUUUUCAUAUUGGGGGGUGGUCCCUACAGAUAACAUUUUUACCCUGUGUUUAAAAAUGCUCAAAAUUGCAUAUGCUUUGUUCUGUUGUUACUCCUUAAUUUAGUCCUACCACUCAAUACUGAAAUGCAUUAGUUGAAAGACCAUAUGGGAUCUGAAAUUUGUAACCGGAUUGCAAAUAGGGAUUCACCCAGUAACCAGAUGUCCAUCGCUGUACAUUAUUUCUGCUUUGGAAACUGAUAGUUUGAUGGUCUGGUUACAGGUGGGAAUGACUAUUAAUAUCCCCUUUUCUGAACACACAAUUUACACUUACCAUAUGGUGCCCAGAAAAGCCCUUCUUAUGGGAGAGAGUGAAAUGGUUCGACUCGUGUUCUCCAUUGACUAGCCUUUCAACUUAUAGAAAGGUGCUGAAAUUUGCCUUUCUUUUUUUUAAAAGAAAAAGUGCAUACUCCUGCCCAAACAAUGGGCAAAUUGAGAACUUGCCUGAGCAGCUGGUAGGAUUUCAUAGUAGUAGAUACUAGUAGAUUACUAAACGUUCUGUUUUAAUUGUAGCAUAAAUAGUAAGUUCUCUCUAGUGUGUAUACAUGUGUUACCUGCCACUGUGUUUGCCAGUCACUAAAUGUUUUCUUUUGUGUAUAGACCAGUGUUAAACUUGAUUUAAAUUUAGUUGGUGUAGAAUCUAUAUUACAAAAACUACCAUGAAUAUUUAUUUGUAUUCCCUCUUGUCUGUUUUGGUAUAAAAUGAAUAACCUUUUUAAAAAAAAACCUCGUGUAGAAGUCAGUGAGGGUUCAAAGGAAAACCUAACUUGAAUAAACGGUAAUAAAUGAAAAUAUACUGUUCAAUUACUAACCAUUUUACUGAACUGUACAAUUUGUCAGUCUCCUGAAAUUAAAGUCUGCAAACCCCAA